UUCAAAAAGCUUUUACAAAAACAGAAACCACAAUUCUAGAGAGAGAGAGGCACGACUGGGGCAUGAGUAGGCGUCCAACACAACACCCCCAUCUUCACAUACACACAAAACGCAUUUUCACACAAUUCCGAUCUCCGAUUUGCUGAACGAUCAAUUGAUUGGCAACAGCAUCACCAUGGAUUGCAAGCUCUGUUUCAAGCGAUUCUCAAACGGCAAAGCCUUGGGCGCUCACAUGCGUUCCCACUACGCCAUCCUCCCUCUCCCCCCCAAGCCCCACCCCGACGACACCGAAAGCAGCAGCAGCAGCAGCAGCGGCGCCGGAGACGAAUCCAAAUCCAAAUCCGAAAAGAGCUCGAGAUUCAAGCGGCCGAGAGGAAUCAAUCUCGAGAUGGAAGAAGAAGAAGAUGUCGCCUUGUGCCUGAUUAUGCUGUCGAGAGAUGUGUGGAGGAGAAACUCAGAUUCGGAUUGUUCGAGUAAAAAAAUCCACAGAUGCGAGGAAUGCCAGAAGGUGUUCAAAUCGUCGCAGGGAUUGGGGAGCCACAAAUCCAGCCAUUCGAAGAGGAUGAGGAAUUCGUUUCAGGGGAGAGAGGAGGGAGAAUUGGCUGGGGAUCAAGUUCAUGAGUGUUCAUUGUGCCCUAGAAUCUUUAAAUCCGCUCAAGCUCUCGGCGGCCACAAGCGAUCGCAUUUUCCGGCGCCGAAAUUCGUCGGAAAUUUGGUGGAUCUUAAUCUACCUGCUGUAAAUGAAGAAAUUCUUGCUUGAAUCUGCCGAUCGCAUGAUGCCGAUCAGUUUUUGGAGGUUGGAUAUAUGUCAUUUCAUUCACUACUAGUUUUGAAAUUAUUUUUAGGUUGUUCUGUUUUGUUUGGUGAGAUUGGAAUUUCAGGGGAAAAUUGGAGCAUUUAUUUGUUAAUUUUUUCUGUGUGAUU